AGAGUGGCUUAUGUCUUGUAGGCUCUAGGCCAGAGGAAGCAGAGGAAGAAUCUUACAGGAUAAAUCUUAACAACCUGUUGAGAAACAGUGCUGGUUUUAUUACUUAUCGCAGUAAGGGAGAACUCUACCUCAACAGAGUGUUGAUAUCUCAUAGGGAAGAAAGACAAAAUUAGAAUUUUUUUUGAGAAUUGGAAAUUUGGUUUUAAAGUAGUUCGUUUAAUUUUAGGUUUGGUUAGAAUUGGUUACAUAUUUGCAAGACAAUCUAGAAAUGGUUAAAAUAUUGAGGCAAAAAUUUUAAGAGUAUUGUAGAGUACAGGUGAUUAUUUGUUGUUGAUACUGCUUUGUUUUGUUGUUUUGAGACAGGGACUCGUUAUGUAGCUCAGGCUGCUCUUGAAUUUUACUAUGUAGCCCAAGCUGGCUUUGAACUCGAGGCAGUCUUCCUGCAUCAGUCUCCUAAAUGCUGGGAUUACAAGCAUGCCUAUGUUGAUAUUUGCAAAAUGACAGUGAGAAACAAUUUUGCAUUUACUAAAUGGCAAAAGUUAAAACGUUGACUAGGAUCAAGCACUGGCAAAGAUAUGGAAAAGAAAUUAUCUUGUGCUGCAAGAGAGGGUGUAAACAACCUAAGUGUUCUGGAGGCGCUUGUGGCAGUAUUUGGUGAAAUAGUGUGAGUAGACUGUGGCCCAGCAAUUACUCACCUGUGAAAAUACCUGACAAGCCUCUAAGGAGACGUCGCAGAAAGAUAUUUGUUACAUUUUUGGUUGCAAGAUGCUGGGAGCAAAUGAGGUUUUUUCAUAGUUGAGAAUAACCAAGUAAAUCAAGAUGUCUGUGAAUCCAAUGACCUACGAGGCCCAGUUCUUCGGCUUCACACCACAAACUUGUAUGCUUCGAGUCUACAUUGCCUUUCAAGACUACCUAUUUGAAGUGAUGCAAGCUGUUGAACAAGUUAUUCUAAAGAAGCUGAAAGGCAUCCCAGAUUGUAACAUUACCCCAGUCCAGAUUCGUAAAUGCACAGAGGAGUUUCUUUGCUUUGUGAAAGGACAUUUUGAUAGUCUUUUUGGCAAAAUGGAGCAGCUAUUUUUGCAGUUGAUUUUGUGUAUUCCUCCAAACAUCUUACUUCCUGAAGAUAAAUGUCAGGCGAUGUAUCCUUAUACUGAGGAAGAAUUCCAGCUUCUCCAGAAAGAAAUCAAAGAGUUAAAAGAGAAAUAUAAGACUGAAUUAUAUACUAAGCAAGCCCUUCUUACAGAAUUAGAGGAGCAAAAAAUAGUUGAGGCCAAACUUAAACAGACCUUGACUUUGUUUGAUGAGCUUGAAAAUGCUGGCAGAGAUCAUGGGACUAGUGAUUUUAGGGAGAGUUUAGUGUCCAUGGUCCAGAACUCUAGAAAACUCCAGAAUAUUAGAGACAAUAUAGAAAAGGAAAAAAAAAGACAGAAAUUAUCUUGAUUUAUGUAAGGUGAAGAGUUUGUCAAAAAGAUUUUCUCUGCUCCCUCUCUUGGGUUCCACAUCUUUCUUGUUUUUAUUCUAUUUGCCUGAAGUGUCUGUGUACUACCAUGAACUAGUCUUAGAAAAAUCUGUUCAUUAGAGACCUCAAGUAGUUGAGAAGAGACUCUUAAUAUAAUGACUCACUUGACAGCAAAUUCAGAGAAGUGAAUCUAUGACCAAAGAUACUAUGAAUUGUACCUAUUGUGACCUUAAUCCUUUUGGCUCAUUUUUUGGAUUAACUAAAUGCCGGUUUGUCCCUGAUUUGUGAAUCAGUUCUAGGAAAGUGCUUAAGUCACAUUUGCUUUGACAAAGUCUUAUACAUCUUUGACAAAAAUAUACACUAUAAAAGAAAAAAAAGGAGCAGUAUCUAAUCUUUUUUUGCUUCAAUAUAAUCUCCCAAUUAUUUUUACUUUUGCUUCCGUGGUUACUGCUUUGCGCUUCCUAACAGUCCCUCACGUUACCACUGCUUUUGCUCUUCCACACAUCCUGGACUCUGAACACUGCACCACUGUACACUAGUGCACCAUAUAAGCACACACAGUGCAAGUGACAGUGUCCAGCAGGCCUGUGAGCUACUUCUGCGGUUUUUCCACAUCUAGGAGUAUUUGUAAUGCAUGGUCUGUUCAUAUCUGAAAGUUUGCAGCUCAUGUUCCUAAGGUGGGAUUUAUUACAAGUAAAGGCAUCGCCUGUCACGCUGCAUGCUAUAAUCCCAGCACUCAUGAGGUUGAAGCAGGAGGAUUGUGAGUUAAGGCAGCUUGGGCUACGCAGUGAGUUUAAGACAGCCUAGUUACAGAGAGACCUUGUUUCAAAAAGGAAAAAAGAGUUAAAUAGGCAGCUGCUUCGUUAGGCAUUACAUUGUAAAACAUCAACAGAGUGCUUGCUCUUGUCCUUUAUGUAAGGAAGAUAAUAAUUAGUAAAAGAAAUAUCAAAAAAAAAGUUGUGGCCAAGAUGGUAUCAUAUGCCUAUAAUCUCAACACUAAGGAGGCUAAGGCAGAAUGAUUGUGAGUUCAAGGCCACACUGGGCUACAUAGUGAAUGCAUGGCCAGUUUGGAGUACAUUGGGAGACCCUAACAAGCAAAAAAGUAUUUGUUUCCAGAAUAAAUCUUUUCUAUGAGCAAAGUCCUGGUAAUGUUAAGCAGUUUACUACUUUGGAAUCCAGUAGAAGACCUUGGAUAAAAAAGAAGCAUGUGAUAUACCCAAUAAUGGAAUUUAUAUAUACUGAC